UGAAGUCAACAAUCCUGAAUCACAAAAGAGACCCUUAAUUAUAUUCUACAAAACAUGAACACUUCUCUAAUGUUAUUUUCUCCAGUCAUCACAACAACAAUUUCAACAUUCCCUUUCCCAAAAACCCAUCACAACACAACAUCACUUCAAUCUUCAAGAAAACAACACCAAGGCUGGAUCCAUAGCACCAGCAAGUUUGGAAAUUUCCUUGACUUAAAGUCUAAAUACAAAUCCGAAGCCUUAGAUUUCGACCUUCCGUGGCACCAUCCUUCUGAUCGUUCUCAAUUCGACGUGAUCAUAAUUGGUGCUGGUCCGGCAGGCAUUUGCCUUGCGGAACAAGUUUCCCUGUACGGAAUCAAGGUUUGUUGUGUUGAUCCUAACCCUCUAUCGAUUUGGCCUAAUAACUAUGGUGUUUGGUUUGAUGAGUUUGAAGGUCUUGGGCUAGAAGAUUGUUUGGAUAAAACAUGGCCUAUGGCUUCUAUUUAUAUCGACGAUAACAACACCAAGUAUUUGGAUCGAUGUUAUGGAAGGGUUAAUAAGAAGAAACUUAAGGAGAAAUUGGUCAAAGGCUGUGUUUUUAAUGGUGUUAGAUUUUACAAAGCAAAAGUAUGUGAGAUUAAGCAUCAUGAGUUUGAGUCUAUUGUUGUUUGUGAUGAUGGAACAAACUUGAAAGGGAGUUUAGUUGUUGAUGCUAGUGGUUAUGGUAGUAAUUUUAUAGAUUAUGAUGAUCUUACAUUGACAAAGAGAAAUUACGGUUAUCAAAUAGCUUAUGGUGUUUUGGCUGAAGUUGAUGCUCAUCCUUUUGAUUUGGAUAAAGUAGUUUUGAUGGAUUGGAGAGAUUCCCAUUUGAGAGAUGGUAAUUCGUCCGAGGUUCCUACUUUUAUGUAUGCUAUGCCAUUUACUUCCAAUCUGAUUUUUCUCGAAGAAACUUCACUCGUUAGUCGUCCUGCCUUGUCUCACAAGGAAGUGAAAAGGAGAAUGGUUGCAAGAUUAAGACAUUUGGGAAUUAGAGUGAAAAGUGUAUUGGAAGAUGAAAAGGGCUUGAUUCCAAUGGGAGGAUCUCUACCAAAAAUACCUCAAAAUGUGAUUGCAUUCGGUGGAAAUUCGGGUUUAGUUCAUCCUUCCACUGGAUACCUAAUGGCUAGAACAAUGACUCUAGCACCUAUUGUAGCUUCUUCUAUUAAUGAGUGUCUUGGCUCAACCAAAAUGAUAAGGGGGAAAGAUCUUUAUGCUAAAGAAAUUUGGAAUAGUAUGUGGCCUAUUGAGAGUAGAGUUGCUAGGGAAUACUACACUUUUGGAAUGGAGACUCUAUUGAAGCUUGAUUUGAAUGAAACCAGGCAAUUUUUUGAGGCAUUCUUUGAAUUAAAACCUUAUUACAUGAAAGGGUUUUUAUCUUCAACCUUGACUUUAAAUGAUAUUAUUUGGUUGAGUAUGUCACUCUUUGCACAUUCUUCAAAUUCAUCUAGGUUGGCUAUUGUCACAAAAUGUACUAUUCUAUUUGCAGAAAUGGUGGCCAAUAUUUGUAGAGAACUCAUAAGAUGAUUAAAGACUGUGAAAUACAAUUUGAAGAUUUUUUCCUCAUAAACUUGCAAAUUACUGAUCUGUUCAAUUAUCAUUAA